GUGACAUUUGUCUAGUCUCAACAAAUUUUUAUUGCUUUUCUUCCUUCUAUAAAAAUGUUUAAUUGUGAAAUUUAGAUGUAAAAAAACUAAAUUUAAUCCGAGGCUUAUUACAGACGAUGUUAAGAUAAGUAGCUACUAUUAUAUUGAAUAAAUUUAAUGUGCAUUAGCUAUAUCUGAAAUUAAAAUGAAAAAGUUGUUCUCAAAAAUUGAAACGAAAAUUGACAAUACUUCUCGAGAGAGCAAUAAUUAUGUAGGUAAAGUUUUUACAGUUGGAAGACAAACAGUUACCGUGGAAGAUGUUUUAGCGGAAGGUGGUUUUGCUAUGGUCUAUUCAGUCAAAUCAAAUAAUGGAAGUAAAUAUGCUCUUAAGAGAAUGUAUGUUAAUAACGAACAAGACCUUAAUGUGGCAAAAAGGGAAAUUCAAAUAGCCAGCAGUUUGAGCGGCCACAAGAAUAUUAUAGGCUAUGUGGAUUCCAGCCUAACCCCUACCGGCGGUGGUGUUUACGAAGUAUUGUUGCUCAUGCCUUUCUGUCAAGAAAAUGUUUUUGGAAUGAUGAAGAGCCGAGGCAAGGCCAAUUUUACCGAAGGUGAAGUGUUGGCCAUAUUCUGUGAUAUAUGCGAAGCUGUUUCUCGACUACAUCAUUGCAAAACUCCAAUAAUUCAUCGUGAUUUAAAAGUAGAAAAUAUUUUAGUAAGUGAAAGUGGAAACUACGUGUUAUGUGAUUUCGGUUCAUCAACUGCUAGGGUUUUAAAUCCUUUAGAGAAGGGCGUCGCUGCGGUAGAGGAAGAAAUAAAGCGUUAUACAACUUUAAGUUAUAGAUCACCAGAAAUGGUCGAUAUGUAUUGCGGAAAAACGAUUUCAACAAAAGCUGAUAUAUGGGCGUUAGGCUGUUUAUUGUAUAAAUUAUGUUUCUUUACAUUACCAUUUGGCGAGAGUACCUUAGCUAUUCAAAGUGGAAACUUCUUCAUUCCAGACAAUUCACGUUAUUCCAAAGGAUUGCAUCAAUUAAUAAGAUAUAUGUUGGAACCUGACCCAGAUCAAAGGCCUGACAUUUAUCAAGUGAGCUCUAUCGCUUUUCAGCUCGAAGGAAAAGAUAAUCCUGUGAAAAAUUUAAUGAAAACCCCAACACCUAAUCUUGACGAUAUACCAAUUCCACCAUUUGAAUCAGAAUCAAAGAAAACUCAAAUAAAAGUACAAACCAACAAGGUGGCUGCGCCCGUAAUAGAAGGAACCAGCGUCAUGCCAAGGCAAAGGCCGAAAGGCAGUUCAUCAGGUCCUUUAAAUCUCAAUAACAUCCCCUUAGCCCUCUGUCCUAGUCCAACGCUCAUUAAGAAGCCCCAAAGUCCCGUUGCUCCGACCAUACCGGCCAAUUAUCCAGGUAACGCUCCCUACACAUCUUCGUUUCCAUCCAACACGACUUCUACCAAUCCCACCUUCGCCCCGAAGUUCUUUCCCUCUCCCGACCUGAACCAACCACAACUGGAUUCUCUAUUCCAGUCCUCCGUUUAUCCUGAUCCCUUUCGAGACGAUUCCGCAGCCUCUCCCACAUCUACCGAUCCGACUAACGGAAACAAAUUGGACACUUUUUCGAACCAAGCUCCAGCCAGUUUGCCGGCCAACGUCGCAUCUCCUGUAGCCGCCGACAAUCCCCUAUUCGAAAAUCAAGGCGUAGCCUUGCACACGAGAUCCGGUCUAACCGAAUCCACCGCAGUCAUCGGAAGCAAUUCCCCACCUUCUUCGCCCAGUCUCGCUGUCCCUAGAGGCCACAGGCGCAACAUGAGCGACACCACGGCUUUCAAUAAAACUUACGCGUCGGAGACGUCCCAAUUUUUGGCGCCGUUCGAAUCGUCGAUUAAGCCGCGCAGCGUGACUUCGCCGGCCGAAUCGGACGAUGCCAAUAGGACUCUGGCUCCGAUGGGCGCGUCGACGUCGUCGACGGACGUGAGCCGAAGCAAGGGGACGGAGAGCAGGUCGCUUUCGGCCGACGUGGCCGAUUGGAAUCCUUUCGAAGAGCCGCCGUUCAGCCAGCUGACGGAGGAUCACAUAUUCGGCGCUGAAUUCGAUAAAAUCCGCAGGGGAAGUUCUAACAGCUUGCAGGGAAUGAAAUCGAAAGAGAAUCUUACAAUGUCGGUAUCAGAAGAUCCAUUUAGUAGCGCUCCCUUUAGUCUUCCCGUUCGCAACCGAGAUAGGGCCAAUAAAGGAUUACAUUCCGCAGCAAAAACUAUAUCUAAAAAACCGGUAACCGAGACAUUACCCGAAGAGAAUUUACUAUUCGACUCUUCUCCGGAACACGCGGCAGCGUCCGAUGGAGAGGCUCUCAUCAACACCGAGCCGGAGUCCGACCAACCCAUAUCCCCACCUUUCAUCAAAGCCCCUUUAGAAGACAGAUCCAAGUACGAAAAACUCACGCCAGGAGCCUACGACGUCACGUCCAACAGCAGUUCAGACGAAGAAAAAGUCAAAUACAAGAAGAAGAAGAAGACGAUCAUUCCCGAGAAGCUACAAUCGGUGUACAAACUACCGAUCAAAAACCUCCGAUCCGACCGCGCCAAAUCCUCCAAAAAAGCGCGCAACGACAAAAACCACCGAGAAAACGACGACGUGGAAUCCGACGAUUCCAUCGGAUCCGCCAGCGAUCUGCGAGUGGACGAAGACGACGCGCCGCAGGCGAAGGAAGACGCCGUCAGCGAGACGGUGAGCGAGAGCAUCAAGACCUGCGGCUCGUCGGCCUAUCACGCCGAAUGCGAAAGCAUGGCCACUCACGAAGAGGACUUCACCAGUCGCAUAAUCAGAACGAAGCAGCGCGAGGAGUCCAAGAAAGCGGCGCUGCAAUCGCAGGACAUGCUCUUCAUCGGCCACCAGUACGGCGAGAAGCCGCUUCUAAUGGACGACGAACUGGAUUCCGACACCGAUAACAAAUGCAAAAAACACGCCUGGAUGCCGAACAACGAUCGCAAGACGGCCGAUAUAUGGAUAGCGCCGUCCAGCAGCUUCGAAGACAACAACGAUGUAUUCGCGAUGGCGCCUUUUUCCAAAACUAAACCACCCACUAACGAUUGCGAUGAUAAAGAUACAAACCACAUCGAGGAUAUACCAACGUUCGAAGAUCACUUCAUCGAAUGCAACGAUAACAAACCCACCGUCGUCACUACGCCUAAUUCCAACCCGUUCCUAUCACCCGACUUCGCCACCCCCGAACCAGAAAUCCCUACCCAACCGAUCUGUUUCCCCGAGGUAAACUUCGACUAUUCCUUCCUGCAGCCGCCCAAAGAGUUCCGCGCCUCUCGGGAGACCAUCGACGUUCCUUCGCACGAAAAUUACGAGGUGACGUUGCGCCACAGCUUCGAGAAACUGCAACGCGGCAGCUUCGAAACCGUGAGGCACGUCAGCCUGGAGGCGCCGAAGCGCAACAGCUUCGAAGUCUGCAAGCGCGAGAGCCUCGAAUUGCCCAAGAAAGAGCCGCUGUUUACCGAACUGAAGCCGAACAAUUUCGUAACCCCGCGGGCUUCGAGGAGUAGCUUGCGCUUGGAUUUCAUCGACGAGAAUCUCCCCGAAGCCGUCGAGCCGGCCAGCAAGAACAAGAAGGACAAGAAGAAGGAGAAAGAGCCGAAGCCCAAGUACUAUUUAAUCGACGACAGCGUCUCGGACGACGGGGCUAAGUCGAAGAAAAAGAGCGGCGGCCACAAGAAGAACGGCGGCAAGUCGAAGAAAGUGGCCAAGGUUCGUAACGACGGGGGCUUCAGUAACAUGAGCUUCGAGGAUUUCCCGUCGGACGAUCUCGAAGUCGUGGAAAGCUCGAUCAUGCCGUUCGAAGUGCUGAGGACUCCAGAGCAGGAGCAGAAGAGCUUCGGGAUGAAACGGAUCGGAAAUCCGUUCUCUUGAUUCCUCUGCGAUGUAAAUCAAACACGUUUUGCUAAGUAUGUAGUUUUACAGAUAGUAUGAGAAGAGUAGCUAUUUUUGUUAUAAAAUUAGGCUGUGCGCUAGAAAGCAGCUACGUUUUCAAUCAAAAUCUGGUUAUGCCUUAAACCUUGAAUCGUACACGGAGAGCUAUUUUAUAUAAAAAUUGUGCAGCUUUAUCACCAUUUUUUUACACUCGAAACAGGAUCGGUAAGAACGGUCGGGAGAAACGCUUAAAUUACUAUAAAAAUCGACGAAAGGUUCUUGUAAGUUGAGGAACGAUUUACAUUUCUCUUGCUUCUUACCUUUACAAAUCUUUUUUUAUUUAAAAUUACUUUCAUUUGAUACGCAAAUGCCGUGUACUUUCAUUUUUUCUAACCGUGUAUAAACCGGAGCAGCUAUUGAAGUUGUUCGGAGACAAUAAGGUUUUAUUCCUGCCCUUAGUAAUUACCUAGAUGCUAAUUAUAUUUCUUCAUAAUAUUUUGGCAACGAUUUCAAAUUGAAUAAUGUGGUAUUUAUAGAUUUCAAUGUAAUGAAUAGAAAAUUGAUACUCGGAAUAUAUUUUUCGAAAAUGAUUGGAAAUAUUUUGUCAAUGGGAUUUAUACGAAAAAGUGAAACAAAGAUUUUGAAUAUCGAGUUAGUGCUUACGUUUUUUGCCAAAGAUCAAUAAAUAAUUUCUUAUAUUUUUUUUAUUACAUACAAUGAUCUGUUUUAUUCUCGAAAUAAUGACGAUUGGUCUCGAUUAUUGAGAGGUUUUAAUUUGUGCAGUAUUAUAAAAAAAUCAUUCACACUCUAUUCCAACAAUUAUUGUUUUUAAAGCAGAUCAAUUAGAUUGUUAGAAAUGGAUAUUUAUUUGUUAUGUGAAUUUUACCUAUUUAUAUAAAAUAAUGAUAUUGUUUACUAUUAUUAAAUUAUUGUUACAUUCCCC